UUGUUGAUGUUGCCUGUGCCGGUACGUAAGCAGCGCGCGCACAAGAAGCAUGUGGACAUGUGGUGUUGCUGUGAUACUACCAAUAGGCGGGACUGUGGCUCUGCAGUGUGUGAUUGUGAGCCGCACAGCUGGAGCGCGAGCAGAAGGCUGGCACGCGGUCCAGCUGCGACCAGAUGACUGAGCUCAGCUGCUCCCGCAACACCGAGCGCGCCGCGACGGGGACUUGUGCGCAUCGCGGGGUUAAUGUGCCGUAAGAGAAAUUACCCGCAUAGCUCAUUCGGGUGGACCGCGAGCAUCAACUCCGAAGGGCAGGAUCCGAGUGUGAUGACUUUCUUCUGGGCUUCGAUCAUCCGCUCUGCUCUCCGCAUGACCUGGUGAUCCCCACUCCGAAGGCGAGCAGAGGCGUUCAGAGUUCGGCGGGUGCUGGUGAUGUAACGCUUUUUUCAUCUCAGUGCUCCCCAUCCACAAAUCACUGUAGCCUCUUCUUCUCAGAGCAUGGGACCCUUCAGACUCUAAAGUCGCGUCCAGGGAGAGCCACGGGGAGUCAAAACCGGAGAAAGGGAAACGAGGGAAUAAACGACGGGGAAAAGGAACGAUGGAGUCCAUACUGUCGGAGCAGUCGGCCACAGUGGACGAGCUGCUGGAAGCGUGCGUCCAAGCUUUCGAUGAGAAGGGCGCUUUGAAGGAUGCUUCCUUGGUCCGCAUGUUCCUCAUGAUGCAGCCUUGGUACAUCCCAUCGACCGACAUGACUAAGAGUCUUGUACUCAAAUCUCAAGAGGAGAGCUGCACCGCUGAGCGCCGAACAAGAAUAUGCCACCUCGUCAAGUAUUGGCUCUCCGAGUUUCCAGCGGAGUUCAAUCUGAACCCGGAGCUGGAGGACCAGAUCAAAGGCUUUAAAGACCUCUUGACCACCGAGGGCAACGAGAGACAGAGUCAGCUCAUUGACCUCGACAGUGUGCCGUCAUAUAAGUGGAAGCGGCAGGUGACUCAGCGUGUCCCAUCAGUGUCCAAAAAGAGGAAGAUGUCGCUGCUGUUUGACCACCUCGAUUCCUGUGAGCUGGCUGAACACCUGACCUACCUGGAGUACAAGUCCUUCUGCAAGAUCCUGUUUCAGGACUACCACAGCUUUGUGAUGCACGGCUGCACCGUGGACAACCCCAUCCUGGAGCGUUUUAUCACCCUUUUCAACAGUGUCUCCCAGUGGAUCCAGCUCAUGGUGCUCAGCAAGCCCACUGCCCCACAGAGAGCGGCCGUCAUCUCCCACUUCAUCAGGGUGGCACAGAAGCUGCUGCAGUUGCAGAACUUCAACACGCUGAUGGCGGUGGUGGGCGGCCUCAGCAACAGCUCCAUCUCUCGUCUCAAAGACACGCAGAGCCACAUCAGCGCGGAGACCAACAAGGUUUUUAACAACCUCAUCGAACUGGUGACAUCAUGCGGGAACUACAGUCAAUACCGCAAGCGCUUCUCUGAAUGCGCCGGCUUUCGAUUUCCUAUCCUUGGCGUGCAUUUGAAAGACCUGAUAGCCGUGCAUGUGGCGCUGCCAGACUGGGCUGACAAAGAGAAGACACGGGUCAACCUGACAAAGACCCAGCAGCUGUACGCCAUCCUCCGAGAGCUGGCGCAGAUCCAGAACACGCCGCCUAACAUCGACGCCAACACGGAUCUGCUCAACCUGCUCACGGUAUCCCUGGACCAGUACCACACAGAGGAGGAGAUCUAUCAGAUGUCUCUACAGAGGGAACCCCGCAAGCCAGCGCAGAACUCCAGCCCCACCCCCGCGCCUGACCCCAAGCCCACCAUGAUCGAUGACUGGGCGGUGUCGGUGAAGCCCAACGCCGACCCCACGAUCAUCAAGAAACACAUAGAGAAGAUGGUGGAGUCGGUCUUCAAGAACUUCGACACAGACGGAGACGGCAACAUCUCCAGAGAUGAGUUUGAAGCAAUCAGGAACAACUUCCCUUACCUCAGCAAGUUUGGAGAGCUGGACAAGAACCAAGACGGGAAGAUCAGCAGAGACGAGAUGAUAGACUACUUUAUGAAGGCCAGCUCUCUGCUGAACUGCAAGAUGGGUUUCAUCCACACUUUCACUGAGGCCACUUACGUCAAACCCACGUUCUGCGAGCACUGCGCCGGCUUCAUAUGGGGCUUCUACAAGCAAGGCUACAAGUGUAAAGCCUGCGGGGUGAACUGCCACAAGGCCUGCCGGAGCCGCCUGGCUGUCGAGUGCCGGAAGAGGACCAAGAGCAUCAGCCACGAGACGCCGCCUGCCCUCCAGGCCAGAUCCUACAGCUUCCCUCCACCUGCCAACACCCCGCCAAGCCUGCAGAACACAGUAAUUGCUGAAGAGGACAUAGAGACGGUGGAGGAAGGAGUGUUUGAUGUGCACCUAUAACCAGCUCUCCAUUUUAGAGUCCCGCCUGCGGUUGCUGUGCGAGAGGCCAAAUCAGCGAACAGUCGGGAGCCAGACGCAGAAUGUGCUACAGUAUGUCAGUUUUUACAACACUGAGGAGAAAUUGCACUGAACACAAGCCAGGAUACCUACAUGCUGCCUCACAGUGGGCACAUGCUGCAACAGCAACGCCGCUCCAGCCACCUCACAUGAAUGUGACCACCAACGUCAGUGGAAUGUAUUUGUAUGAUUUGUUUGUAAAACUUCUGCAUUUUGAUUCUAUGUCGACCAAGAGUGUUACAGUAAAACUUAGUAUACAUUCAAAAAAAACAAACAAAAAAAAAAGAUGAAAAAAAAGAAAGGAAAAAUCCAAAAAUUGUAUUUUCUCGGUGGAAUGCUAAAGUCAGUGAAGUUUAUAAUUUGAGCGCACUUUGCUGCGAAUGGAAAUGGCUGUCAGCGUUUAUCGUUCCAACAUAAAAGAGGUGCUGUUACUGCCAAGAAUGUAAACCUGCCACCCAGACUAAGCUACUGUCUUCUUCAUCCGAGAAGCUCUGCUUGUUAUUGUUUAUCACCCUGUUUUUGAGAAAACAUUUCAACGGACCAAUUAUAGGGCCAAUUUUGAUGUCAGAUAAAAUAUUGUUGAUUUGUGGUGCUCGUCUGAAGCCUGAUGACAAAAGCAGCCAUUUUGCCAACAAAAGAAGCAGCUGAAAUGACUGUGUCGACAGUUAUAAUUAGUGUGGACUUUGAGCGAUGUUAGACUUUUUUUGUCAUGUUUACCUGAAUAUCAGUAACUGUCCUCUAGUUAUUGCUGUGGUGUUGUUUCAGUAUACAGUACUGUCUUGUACCAGUGCACCGAUAGACGAUCCUAUCCUCUUUCAGUACUGUGAAUGUAGCAGAAACAGUGAAUUGCUGCUGUCAAAUGAAGAGCUCGUCGUUUUCCAUUAAACGCGUUGACGGCACAUCGCAGGAAAAGUGUUUAACUUCCCGCUGAUCGCUCCAUCAGAUGUUGAUUGAGCCUUACAGUUCUGAGACUGUCAGUAAGAGUAAAAUAAUCAAAUACAUACCAAAAAACCCAAAGCUGGAGUAAUGAGGCUUUUCAUUGGACAGCAGCGUAUGAAUAUUAUAUUAUUUCCCUGAGAAUAUAUGUUUUGAUGCAAGUUGUAUUUUGCUGUUUUUACCCCCGCAUGCCUCUCCUCUGAUGCUGAUGAUUUGUAUUUUUUUAAAAAUUUUAAUUUGUUUUUUUUUUUUUUUUAACGUUGCACGCCAAGUUAUCACUCAUUAUUGAAACAUGAAGUCUUGAAAUUCCACAUGGAUGAAAAUGCUUCUGUUGCUUUGUGCCUGUGGAGAGAUGAAUUCAGAUUUCGAGUGCCAUAUUGCUAACCGCUGGUUCGUCAUUGAAUGAGACUCCUCACAUCGCUGGUAUUUAUUUUUUCUGUACAAAUAGCUAAAUGGCUGCCGGUCCUUCCGUGUCACUCCCUGCCUCACGAAGGAUGUUUGUUGUCAUUCUGUGAAUGAAUCUUUCAGACUGAUGUCAUGCUAAUCCUUGUGGUCCCAGACGAUUCCCCAGUAUUAAAUCCAGCAGGCAUCACUCUAAUAUGUGUUCUGGUUAAGAAUUUCUGUGACUAUUAAGAAUGAUACUGAUAAAAAAAAACAAAAAAAACCCCA